AUGGAAUCUCAAAGUCCAAAUGCUAAUACAUCUGAUCCAGCUCCAUCACAAGAUUCCAUUUCAUCAAAUGUUAGGGGAAAAACUGAUUCUGCUUGGGAGCAUGUUUCCUUUAAAGUUGACCCUCUUAAUGGAUCAAAGUCAAUGACAUGUCUUUAUUGUCAAAAGACUAUUGAAGGGGGAGGGAUUAAUAGGAUGAAACAACAUCUUGCCCAAAGGAAAGGUGAGAUUGCAAUUUGUCGUAAAGUACCCCAUGAUGUAAGGUUCAAAAUGGAGCAAUCGUUGAAUGAAAUCAAUGACAAAAAAAGAAGUGAAAAGCAACCAAUGAAUUUUGUUGACACUAGAGCACAAUGUGGAAUGAAUGAUAAUGAUGAUGAUAUUGAGAUUAGAGAAAUAGAUCCACCUAGUACACAUGAUACCUAUCAAGGGAAAAAACCAACUACAUCAUCGGGAAAGGGGAAAGCAUUUUCAAGGCUAAUAACUAGCCAUUUUGCUCCACAGACCACUCCAGGUGCACAACCUGGAAUUAAGAGUGUAUUGGCAUCUAAGGGAGCAAUUAAUCAUGUGGACCAUGCUGUUAUGAAGUGGACCAAUUUGUUGAAGAAUUUAGUUCAGGAGGUGCAAAUGUCAGUUGAUAAACUCCGUAAGGAUUGGGCUAUAUAUGGUUGCACUAUAAUGUCUGACGGUUGGACAGAUACGCGUAGUCGAACAUUGAUUAAGUUUUUAGUGUAUUGUCCUACAGGAUCUGCAUUUGUGAAGUCUGUAAAAGCAGAAAAUGUUGUUCAGAUGGUCACUGACAAUGCUGCAAAUUAUGUAGCUGAAAUUGGGGAAAUGGAUUAUGUUGCAAAUGUGGUUCAACGUGCAUCUAGAAUUACCAAAUUUGUCUACAAUCAUAUUUUUGUACUCUCAAUGCUAAGGAAGAGACCUAGUUGGACUGAGAUAGUACGCCCUAGAGCCACUCGUUUUGCAACUAAUUUCAUUGCAUUGAAUAGCAUUUUGAAGCACAUGCAUGAUUUGCAAAAUUUGGUGACAGAUCGGAGUUUUAUUGAUUCUAGUGCAUUGAGACUUGCAGAUUCUGAGUUUAGGCAUGCAAUGGGGUAUAUCUAUCAUGCAAUGUUGAAGGCAAAAGAAUCACUGAAAAAAUUUUUUAAUUAUAAGAAAGCUGAAUAUGGCCCAAUCAUGGACAUUAUUGAUAGAAGAUGUAGACAAAUGGGUCAAAGGCUUCAUCUUGUAGGGUAUUAUUUUAACCCGACCUUCCAAUAUGAUCCAAAAUCAAAAGUUAAAUCCCCGGCCAUUAUGUCUGCAACUUUUGAUGUCAUUGAAAAGCUUGCAAUCAAAUCAGAUGAUGUGGAGAUAAAGCUGAACAAAGAACUUACUCUUUUUGAAAAUUGUCGUGGUAAUUUUGGAAGACCUUUCUCAGUGAAGACAUUUAAGUUAACGCCUCCAGGUGAAUGGUGGUCGAGAUUUUGUUGUGACACUUCAAAUUUGAAAAUGAUUGUUGUACGGAUCCUUAGGCAGAUGUGUAGCUCAUUUGGAUGUGAACGCAAUUUGACUGUUUUUGAACGUAUACACACGAAGAGAAGGAAUAGGUUAGAGCACCAGAGGCUCAAUGACCUAGUAUAUGUUCAUUGCAACCUGCAUGUGAUGGAUAGGAGAAAAACUAAAAGUCUUGACCCAAUUGGGCAUGAUCAUGUUGAUGUUGUAGAAGAUUGGAUAGUGCACGAUGAUGAGGAUCCUCCAUUACUUGAUAGUAAUGAGAAGGAUGAUAUGUUUAAAGUUGAUGAGACAACAUUUCCAAUAAUGGAAUCACCAUCAAGAAAAAGAGCUAGGACUGAUGAUGAUGAAUUUUUCAUUGAGCAAUGGGGAAUCAUGGAGGAAAAUGCAGCCAAUACCUAA